AUGACUAAGCCCUGGGAGAGCUACGAGGAGACCAUCAAGACUCUCUACGAAACGCACACCCUUGCCACCGUUCAGGAGAUCAUGGAGAAGAGAUACGGCUUCAAAGCGUCUACACGCUCAUAUCGACAGAAGCUCGAUUCUUGGGGUUGUACGAAAUACAAGAAGCGUGAAAAACCGUCCAAGAACCACUCGCACAGCCAGGCGUCCACAACUCACCAAAGCCGCUCCCCAAGUCAUGUAUGGCCAGAGGGGACUUCUCGUGGAUCCCGCUCCCCCGGGAAACGAGAUAUUCCGCAAGCCGCCACUUCAACAGUGUCCGAAGCUCAAACCUAUUGGGCAAACCAGAACCACCAGUACGGUGCAAGUUCAUCUCCCGGUAAUGGCCAUGUACCCUAUGCGGCGGCUUCGUACACGGUAUCCAACGACCCGGCCAUGGGGGCCAUCUGGAAUUACCAGGCACCCUAUGGCCAUCCUCCCACGGCCCAAGCUGUGGCUAAUGUUAGUUACGAUGAGAUGUAUAACGCGGCGUCGAACCCAAUAUACUAUUCCCCCGAUCAAGAGGACAACGAUGCAGGAUGGAACUAUGGAUCGGGGGAUGGUGCUGCUGGCUACUCUCAUAAUCACCCAAACUAG